GAAGUGGAUUGUCGUAACCCGGAAGGGGAGUCCUGCCCUGCAUGGAGUGUUGAUGUUUUCUAGCUGCUGCUGCUGCGUCCGCGGCUGAGGGAACCGUCGGGGGAGGAUGGUGUGCGAAAAGUCUUCUUCCCUGGCUUCCUCUGCUCACAGACCUUCAGGGUUGGAAUGGAUCUUAAAAGUCACUUCCACAGUUAACUACAGUACCUAGAGUUGCCAGUACACCAAAUAAUAAGACCGGAAGCCCCAUUAGAUGUCAAUUUCAGGUGAAAAGAAACUUGGUACCGUUAUCACACCAGAUACAUGGAAAGACGGUGCAAGGAAUACCACAGAAAGCGGUGGAAGAAAACUGAAUGAAAAUAAAGCUUUGACUUCCAAAAAAGCAAGAUUUGAUCCAUAUGGAAAGAAUAAGUUCUCCACUUGCAGAAUUUGUAAAAGUUCUGUGCACCAACCAGGUUCUCAUUACUGCCAGGGCUGUGCCUACAAAAAGGGUAUCUGUGCGAUGUGUGGAAAAAAGGUUUUGGAUACCAAAAACUACAAGCAAACCUCUGUUUAGUUGUAUGGAUGACGUUUCUGACUUUCUGUAUGAUUUUACUUUCUGCUUUGAACUUUCAAGAAUAAUAUAAAUGUUAAAGUUAUAGAAAAACGUACUUUCAGACAGUUAAGUUUAAACCAGGGAAGUUGAUUGGUAUUCAUUCUUUUGCUCUCCACAAGUUCUGAAUCAUAACCAGUAGAACUAGUCUUUUGCUUUAUCUUGUUUUCCUUAGAAGCAUUUUAUGAACUGGAAGACAUGGUAAAUAUAAUGAAAAAUUUUUUUUCUCAGUUCUGUAUGUACUUUUUAUUUAACAUUAGUCAUGUAAUUGUUAUCCUCUACCUCUAUUUAAAGCUAUUGCAAAAGUGAGGAGAUUAUUCAUACUUUACUCAGAACCUGUCAACCAGAUUUAUAAUUCUUCCCUAUCCCCUUGUUGAUUAUGCUGUUCUUAGAAACACUUCUUCCUUAUUAGUUGCAGUUUCCAGGGUAUUUAAAUAUCUGAGGCUAUUUUUGCUUAAUAGUUCCCUAGUAAUUAGCCCAAAUUAAACACAAGUUGUAUUUAUGACUUUUUAAAUUUGUUCUUGAAGCCAAAAUGCAAAUACUUUUCUUAUUGACAUCAAGAAUAGAAGGGACACCCCACUUAUGUCCAAAUGAAUACAAUGGGCUUCAGAAAAACACACUUCAGAAAAGUUCCACUCUUGUGGAAUUCAAACUGUCCUGAAGUCAGAGAAAAAGUGUUUAUCCGUGAUGAAUUGUCACUCUUUGAAGCAAAAACUAAACUUUUUUUCUAACCUCCUCCUCUCCCCUUCUCCACCCGAAAAGAAAUAAAUAGAACAAAAGAAAACAUUUUGACUCGUUUAUAAAAUGUAUAUAGAUAUGUGUCAGCUUAGAGGGUUCAAACAAAAAUUUUGCUUAUGUUUUGUUUAUGCUUAUACUGCUUUCAGAGAUUCAGGACUACUGCUUUUGAAAUCUGCAGCCUACUAUGGAAGACCAAAAAUGUAUUUCAUAUUGUCAAGUGCAGUAUGUAUAAAUACAUAUCACUAUAAAAAUGUGUAGAAUAGAUAACAUGAUAUAUUGUGUUUUUUAUUCAUUUCAAAAUUACUCUGGAAAGUAGUGUGUUAACUUUUAUUUAUCUGUUAAUUUUUUUGAAAGUGUUUUUCUAGGAUAUGUUGUUAUUCCAGAAAGAUCACAAAGGUAAUGCAAAAUAUAAUAAAUAGAAAUAGUACUGAGGUCAGGAAGUACCUUCUCAUGCUUUAAUGAAAUUGGGACUUUUCUUUUUAAAAUUUACUUAUUUAUUUAUACAAGAACUGGGGUACAGGCCAGAUGCGUGGGAGGGUGAGAGGAUUCACCAGAGACAGAGCGGCAAACAGAACAGGCAGACUGACGAAAUACACUACUAAGGGGAGCAGCAGGCAAGACAGGAAAGGUCUGCUUCGCCAUGUGGGACUCUCACUUGCCAGCCGGGGUCGAACCGGCGCUGCAGAGGCUGUGGACAGCUUCACAGCGCUGCACUCAACCACCUGCGCCACCAGGGGAGGCCCGAAAUUGGGACUUUUAAUUAAAAUCAAUAACUCUUUCCAGCGC